AUGGCGAGGGACUCCACGGACCUGGACGGCUGGGCUGUGGCGGUCGAUGAGGAGUCGGUGGUCGCUGAGACGGAGGCUAAUGGUUUGAGAGAGUGGACUAAGGCGAUGGACACCUUUAGUCGGACUGAGGUGCCCUCCGACAAUCCCCCCAACUUCGUCAUCGAGCUCAUCUUCGGUGGGCCGGACCUCGUGGCUGAGUACCAGUGGGCGGCGGCUAUUGCCUGUCCUGGGGCGCCCCUUGAGGCCACUUUGGGGAAGCGACGGAAAGCCGAGGAUGAAUUUGACUUUGAUGAGAACUGCCAGGAAAGCCUUCAUCCCGACACAUCUUCCUUCGAAACGGCUCUCCGGAGGAGCAAGAGUUCUCGUUUGUCCAGCAAGACAAUGGGAGUGCAGGAAAAGUUGAAGUCCGGAUUCAGCCGGAAUCGUCAACAGUCCCUCCAGGAAGUACCCACAUCGAAUAGAUAUGAAUCCCACCAGAAGCCUUCUAGUGUGCUCGAUGUCUCAGGUGGCAGCUUACGUGUGAUGGCCACAGUUACUGCUUUGGACUCUUCGACCACCGGUAAUCCUUUCGAGGUGCGGUAUGAUGUCCAUAUGGGCGGGAAGAAUACGCCUGCUGGUCUGCAGUUGAUGGGGACAUUCAUAAAACAAGACCUAGAGAUGGUAGUCGAAGGCGCCGACCCUGACGUGGUAGAUCUGGGUCAGGUCUAUUGUGGCCUCCGGAAGACCAGCAAGAUCCGCCUGAUCAACAAGGGGGCACUCAGUUUGCCCUUCUGUGUGUCUAUAGAGGAAGCUGGCGAGGUCCCACCUGGAGUACUUGAGGUGACUCCUACAGGUGGUGUUGUCGAGGCCUUCGAUACGAUCAUCCUCCACGUAUCAUUUCAUCCACCCAGAUAUAUGGAGGAGAAAGGCUUCAAGUCCACCCGAGUGGCCCAGGAGAUCGUCACGCAGUAUAGGUGUAUAGUGAAAGUUAAUUCCGAGCAUCUGCCGGAUUUAGCGCUCGCCCGACCUGUUGUUGGCAGUGGCAUUGUGCCUGCACUCACGGUCUCCCGAUCCUCUCUGGACUUUGGCGGCUGCCCUGUUGGUGAUCGGAGGGACUUUGUGGUCACCCUUCGCAACGAGCAUGCCUCGCUACCUAUCGAUUGGGCAGUGCCUGGUAUCUCCCACAUCAGGGUCGAGCCGGCUGGAGGGAGGAUUGGACCGUUAAUGGCACAGGAGGUUGUUAUAACGUUUUCGCCCAAGGCACUUGGGAAUCACCAAAGGGACAUCAAAAUCAUGUACUGCGAGAAUUUGUACAGUAUAACAGUGUACGCCAUUGGGUGGGGAGAGACCGCUGUGGGAGGUCGGGAGAAAAAACGCAAAGGGCUAGAGGCAAUCGCGGAGGACUUCGCGCCGCGGUAUCGGUUCGUGGAUGAGGAGGAUGUGAAGGCGCAGCGAGCACUGGCUAGUGUGGGUAAACGGGGAGGAAGGCCGGUAACAUUGACCGGCUUGCUGAAAGAGGGACUUACUGGUCAAGACUUUGCGGAGUCUUCGAAGGUCCUGCGGGGUGUUCUCUUGGACCGAACAGGAUAUACGACACAGUUCACACUCUCGCCCAGUGGCAUGCGGGAGCAUUUGUUGAAUAGGGAAGUCUAUAACGAGUGCAUUAGGAAACCGCCAAGGCUUGAUGGAAAAUCAAAAUCCCGAGAAGUGGAUAUUUUUGAUGAGGAUGAUAUCGAUCUGGGGAUGUACAGGAAGCUGAAGGACCUGAGUUAUACGCAUGACGAUAUGGAAGCGAUAGAGAGAAAGCACAAGUCGCGACCAUCGACAGAAACCGAGAUCAGCGAUUGUGGGCAGUUCCUCGAGCCGUGGCAACUGGCCUUGAUCAGCUGUGGUCCUAGCGUCCUUGACUUUGGAACAAUCUUUGUCCGGUCCUCGGCUACCCGCAGUUUUUCUGUAUUCAACGACUUGGCCUCGUCAGUGGUGGUCACGGUAGAGACAGCAGCUAUCGAGGAGCUUUCGAACAGCUCUCCUGUUUCUCAAGUGAUCCCCUCGGCUGCUGCUGGUGGCUUUGAUAUCGUUAUGAGCUCGGCUGCAGUCCAGCAGUUCCAGUGUCCAGUCACUGUCACUAUCAAUGGGAAGCACAAGCGAAAAUUCCUCGUCAAGGCGGCGGUCAUUCCGGUUACUUUGAACGUUUCGGAGAGCAAGCUCGACUUCCGUGUAAGCGAUGAUGAUCUCAAUCAGACUUUGGUGAAACGCAUCAGCUUGUCAAACGAUGGUAACGCCGCGGCUACCUAUGCAUGGACGGUCUCUCACCCGGAUUCUUUUUCUGUGAGAUCCAUCGAUAGUACAACCGCGACUAUCAUAUGUCCCAAUUCCCAUUCGGUACAGGAAAUAGUAUUCACGCCACCUGCAGACGGCAAACCAGUCCAGGGUACCUUGACAUUGCGAGUUGAGGAUGGGGUGGAAAGGAUCGUUAAAGUCCACGGUCACUGCCCGUCGGCCUCGUGUCGAUUCGUGACGAAGCGGUGUGACUUCGGUACGGUGGCUGAGGUUCCCGUCGGAGUGGAAGUUAAACCUCGUCGUGGUUUAUUGCCGGUUCGUGGGCGCCUCGGGCUGAUUGUGCAAUUGACCGUUCUCGAGCCGAGUCAAAUUGACGGCAACAUCACUCUGGCAGUACGCGCUGGGAAACCCAUACGGGUACCAGUACAGGCUGUGUUAGUUCUGCCGGACAUCAGAAUCGUUGAAGAGGAACUUCCGUUUGGCACCCUCACAUUGGGGGGAAUUUCGGCGACACCCUGCACCUUGGUGAACGCAGGAAUUGUGGAAUCUGCUGUUUACGCGAACUUCGCCUCGUACCCCGAGUUUUCUCUGGAGAUGGUGAACGUACUGGAUGCUGACAAUGAGGUCGUGGAUUUAUCCGACACCGAUGUGCGAUUCAUGACGGCCAUGAGUGCUGAGGAGCUAGCUGCUGAGAUAAGUGGGCACAAGAAUACUGGUACUGCAAUCAGCGACGAGGAUACUUCUGAGCACUGUCCUGGGAGUGACGGAGAGAAGCCUGGAGCAUACAAGUUGGUCAUCCCGCCGGGAUAUACUGUACAGACUGAGCUCAUCUACCACCCACGAGAAAUCGGUUCCAAGGUCAGCGUUCGUCUGAGGAUAUGA